UAUAAUUUUUUUUGAAGUUUUCCUAAUAAAAUCGAAAUAAUAAUUCGAUAUAUUGUAAAUACAGUUUCUAUUAAAAAAAAAAAAAUAAUCAAAUAUUUCGUGUUUCGACUUUUUUUUUUUUGAAAUACAAUCAAAAUUUUCUUGUUUUUCGUCCAGUGCUGCUGAUUUGUAUUUUUUAAUAUUAAUAAUAAUAUUGUAAUUUUUUUUUAUAAAUAAAUUUAAAAAUAAACUCUUUGCUCAUAUUUAAAAAUAUAAAUGAAUAUAAUAUAUUAAUAUAAGAAUAAGAAUUUGAAAAUAAAAUUCUUUUAUUUUUUUAAUUUAAAAACUAUUUUCAGAAUAUUUUAUUCAGAAUAAAAUGCAUGAAUAUUAUAUUUUUAAAUAGAAGAGCCAGAAUUAUAUUAUUUUAUUUUGAUAAAAGGAAUAUUAUGUAGAGGUUGUUUAAAUGAAAAGAUUAUUAUUUACAAAAUAAAAUUUCGACCCUAAGAAUGCGGUGUUGUUUAUAAAAUUUUGGAUGCCAUAAAUAUGAGCGGUAGCGGUCAAUAUAAAUUUUGCAGGAUUGAACAGGAAAUUUUCACGUGAAUUUAUACCUGUAUUAUUACUUCAGUUAAAAUUUGUCUAUCAAACCACCAAGUUCAUAAAAAUAACGUGCGCGUAUACAGGGUGAUUUUUAUAUUCCGGACCGCCUAGAAAAUUUUUUUUUUAAUUCAACUUUUUUUUCGUUAAACAAUGAAAAAAAUGAGAUUAAAAAAAAUUUUUUUACGGGAUCCAGAAUUAAAAAAUCUUCCUUUAUAUCGAAAAAUAAUUUAUUCGGGAGUGCGUAUAUUAUUUAAUUUUUUUUCCAGUUUUUUUUUUCGAUUCCGUUUAUUAAAUAAGUUUUAUUUUUAUUUGAUUAAAAAUUCGGGCGAGUGAAUUAAUUUUUUUUUUUUUUAAUUUCGGGAGUGUUCGAAAUUUAUUUAAUCGCGCGUGUGUUUUUUUUUUUCAUAUAGCUCCAGGGCUGAAAAUCCAGAAACAGUUGAACAUUGUAUGUUUUUUCAAAAUAAAAAAAAUGUCCCCACAAAUAUUUACGAACGGUUUUUUAAAUAUUUUUUUUAUUAAAAUUGUUUUUUAAAUUAAUUAAUUUAACUAUAAUUAUUAUGUUUUUUUUUGUAACAAAAUAAUUUUUUUUUUUGUUUCAGACUGAAGAAUUUCAAUGAGGAAUGCAGAUCGGGUCCUCGAAGACGAAAUGGAAAAAGAAAAUGGAGAGAGAGAGAGAGAGAGAGGCAUCCUCGUGUGUGAUAUUCGACCGUUAAUGUUCGCCUAUGACAAGACACACAGAGCACACAGGUGAAAACAGUAGUUGUAAUUCAACGGGUGGUGGAAGUGAUGAGGAAUUGCUACCCGGUUCAUUGGAGGAUAUGAAUGAAAAUAAUCCAAAAAAGAAGCAUCGACGAAAUAGGACAACAUUCACCACUUAUCAAUUACAUGAACUUGAAAGAGCUUUUGAAAAAUCUCAUUAUCCUGACGUUUAUUCAAGAGAAGAAUUGGCAAUGAAAGUCAAUUUACCAGAAGUUCGUGUUCAGGUGUGGUUUCAAAAUAGAAGAGCGAAAUGGCGUAGACAGGAGAAAAUGGAAGCCACCAGGCUUGGCAUCUCGGAAUAUCAUCACGCGAACAUGAGGAAUAUUGGAGGACCUGCAUUGGCAUUAGCAGGUGAACAUUGGAUGCCACCACCGGGACUUCUUAGUGCUCUUCCUGGAUUUUUAGCCGCACCUCACACUGGUUAUCCAAGUUAUUUAACGUCAUCAAGAAGGCUUCCAUCUCCACCGAAUGUCUCUCCUGUUACCAGUCUUACAGCUGCCAUAGCUGCAGGAAUACCGAGUAUAGGUGGAGGGCCAGUGCAAGCACCUUCAAGUCCUCCAGGACAUGAUCCAAGAACCUCGAGUAUUCAAGCUCUCAGGAUGAAAGCAAAGGAACAUGUAGAAAGUAUCACAAAAGGACUUCAAAUGGUGUGAAAUUUGGACGUAAAAAAAUUGUUUAAAUUUAAAUUCCAAAUUUUCCCCUUCCUGCUGAUGACAAGGACAUGUGGCAGAUAAAUAUCAAAAAGAUUUUUUUUAUCAUUCUCAGUUUUAAUGAGAUGCCCAGUGUGCUAAUAUUAAAAAAAAAAAAAAAAAAAAAAAAUUAAAAGGAAAAACCCCCUCCCGUGUGCAAAUAUAUUUAUUAGAGAAUGCGAUUAUUUCCUCCAAGGAAAUUUAUCAAAAAUCUUCAUGAAAGAUAUUUGAAAAAAAAGAAGCGAAUAAAUGAUUCGUGACUACGCAUGCUUUUGGAAAAUGAUGUUCCAGUAGCUCAAUCAUCAAAAGGCGUGCGUUAACAUUUAAAGAUGCUCAGGAUGGACUAAAGGGUAAAAAACAUUUUUCUUUAUUUUUCAUUAAAUUUUUUUUUUUCCAAUCAUCAUUAUUAAAAUUAAAAAGAAUUUAUUAUUUAAAAUUAAUUCUUUUUAAUUUUAUUCUAUUGAAAAAAAUAAUUUUUUUUAAAUUUAUUCAAUCAUUUAAUUUUUCUUUAUUAGUUAAUUUUUUUCAAAAUUCGUUAAUACAAUUUUUUUAUGUUUUGAGACUUCCAUUUGAGAGAGAAUUUUGAUUGUUUUGUAUACGACAGUCUCUGCCAUUGGUUUAAAUUAUAAUUUUCAUAUUUAAAUUAUAUUUUUUUAUUUUUCAAUUUUGUUCGUUUUAAAGAAAAAAAAAUUAAAAAUUUACUGCAGGCGUUGUAAAUUGUUUUCUUGAUGGAUUUAACAAUUUUUUUUUUUUUCGAAAUUAUAAAUUACUUUUGUAAAGGGAAAAUAGUUUUUAUAAUUUGUGAAAAAAGUGAAAAAAAAUUAUAUGAAUAAAAUAUAAAAAUUUGUAAGUUAAAAGAAAAUAAAAAAGAAAUUCAAUAAAGUGAAAUAAAAUUGAAAUAUAAUAACAGAACUUCCUCUUGAGGAAGCAAAAAUAAUUGAAAACUUUUAGCAGUGACUGUAUACCAAAAAAAAAACAAUUUUCAUUUUGAAAAAAAAAUUUGAGAAAAAAUUCCAGAAGCAUUUUUUUUUUUGUUUUUAGUUUAAUAAAUGUAAAUAUAAGUUAUGUAAGGAUUGAACGUAACAGCCAUUUGUAAAAAAAAGAAAAUGUAAAAAUUAUGCGAUUGUGUGCUUUUUUCGAAAAUUUUGGUAUAUCGAAUUCGUUUCAGGAAUUUAUUUUCAAAAUAGAAUUAUAUUCGCUAUUUUUGUAAAUCGUACGUAUGUCUAUAUAUAUAUAUAUAAUUAUGUGAAAACUCCUUCGUAAAUUACGUAACGCUUUUAAUUUUACUUUUCUCCAUUAAAUAUUUAAUUUCCCUCCUCCUCUUCAAGAGUUACGUAAUUUACAAAACAAUUAAACGCUAUCUAUACAAAUUUUUCAUUAUUCUCAUUAAUUAAAAAAAAAAAAAUAAAAAAAAAUAAAAAAGUUGAUUGUAGAUGAAAUCAUUAAUGGAGACAAAAGGUGCAAUAUGCGCAGUAAACGCUUUGAAAAUAAAUACGUUGUCAAUUUUAAAUUAUGUAUUCAGUCCAUUGUCAUUGUUAAUUAAAAUGCUUUUAUUCAAAAAAUAUUGCACUGAUAUUACGCGAGAAAAAUAAGGUCUUUAAAAAAAAAAUAUAUAUAUAGAAAGAGAGAGAGAAAUUAUAUUUUCAAUGAAAAAAAAAUUUUUAGCAUUUAAAAAAAUGUUUAUUGUAGACAAUUGGAAAUUUUCUACAUAUAUUUAAAAGUAUGUUUAUUUGUGAAUAAUUGAAAAUUUUGUAUAAAAAAAUUUUUUCACAAUAUGUUUAUUUGUAGAAAAAAAAAUUUGACAUUGCAUUUAUAUAUAUAUAUUUAAUAAUUAUAAUAAAUGAAUGAAUCUAAGUGAAUUAUAUUCUCAAUGACGAACAAUAUUAUAUGUUUUGAAUGAUAAUAUUCAAUAUACACAGGGACAAUCAUUAUUUGCAUGUGAAAAAUUCAAUUCAUUAUUCUUUUUAAUUGAAAAAAAAUGAAAUUGUUUUUUCAUUCACUUUACGAUUAAUUUAUAAUUUACAAACUAAAAGUAGAAUUAUUUUUUUUGAAAUUAAAUUUUUUUCAAUGAAAGAAAAUUGUUUUUUUUUUAAAAAAAGGAGGGAAAUUUAUUUUAUUUCAAUUAGUAACAGAAUUUGUAAAGUGUAUUUACUCAGUAUUAAAUUUUAGAAAAAUAGUUUAAAAAAAAAAAAAAAAAUGGAACAUCUUAUUGAAAAACAAUGUCAUGCAGUAUUAAUAUGUUAAGAUGAAAAAAAAUGCGCAUUAUAAUAUAAAUAGUACUAAGAAUCUUUUCCAGAGAACAGAGAAUGAUGAUAAGAUAAUGAUAUGAAAUGAUCAUUUUUAAUUCAUUGUACUGAUAUAUUUAUGAGACUCUGAAACAAAAAUAAAGGUUUAAAAAAAAGGAAAAAAAAAGUCAAGCAACUUGUGUGCUCAAAAAUUUGCAAAAAAAAAAAAAAAAAAAAUUGUCAAAUGUGCGAGGAAAAUGUUAGCAACAUUAGAAAAAAUACCAUUUGUAUAUAGUCACUCGUGAUAAAAAUAAAAUUUGAUGUACAUAUUUAAA